CGCGCGCCCCACCGCCGCCCGCCGCCGCCCGCCCCGCGCUCCCAUGGCGCUGAAGCGCAUACAGAAAGAAUUGAGUGAUCUGCAGCGUGACCCACCGGCCCACUGUUCUGCUGGACCUGUUGGAGAUGACUUGUUCCAUUGGCAAGCAACUAUUAUGGGACCUCCAGAUAGCGCAUAUCAAGGGGGAGUAUUUUUUCUCACAGUACACUUUCCAACAGACUAUCCUUUCAAACCACCAAAGAUUGCUUUUACAACAAAAAUAUACCAUCCAAACAUAAACAGUAAUGGGAGUAUCUGUCUUGAUAUCUUGAGAUCACAGUGGUCACCAGCUCUGACCGUAUCUAAAGUUUUAUUGUCCAUAUGCUCCUUACUUUGUGAUCCUAAUCCAGAUGAUCCUUUAGUACCGGAUAUUGCACAGAUCUACAAGUCAGACAAGGAAAAUGCGGAACGACCUGGAUUUUCCAAAGUUCAGUUUUGAGGCUUGCUGACUUCUUCCUGUUGUACAUCACCCCUAAGGAGGGUUUUGAAAUGCUGUGAUAUAACUACGUACAUGGCUGAACCCUCACAGUAUCAGAUAACAGGAUUUAGUGGUCGCUAGCAUGUGCAGUGCUUUGGCAUAAUGGCGUUUCUUUCCAGAGCACCACUUCUAUAGAGUGGUUCCUCUGGGCGCUCAAACUUUGAGUAGCGAUGUCUGUGGAUAGCUAAGCCAACUUCGACAUUGAUUUCUUAAGAGUUCAUUGCAGAUGUGGGUGGCUGGAAACUCAGGCCCCUUAUUCUGCAGACUAGACUGCACCAUUUCUGAAGGGUUGCAUGAAGGAAAUAUUACUUCUGAGUGAUUUUGUAUCUUUGCUGCUUUCUGCUGCUGUAUCAGCUUAUUCAUUUCUCCCAGGCUUGAAAAUUAUGCUUAAAAAAGGUUACAGAUUCAGUGAUCCAGGAAGGAAAAAUUACUCUGCUUACUACUGGGAGAUUCUGUGGAACUCUGCUGCUUUAGGUAUUUUGAGCACAAUCCAGGAUGUAGUCUUACCAGUGUGGCAUGAAUCGUCUUCUCUAACAGCAUUUUUGUGCCUGUUGCUUUCCUAGGUGUGCGUUAGAGUAAGUAAGCCUGAAUGAAGAAAUCAAGUUAGGACAGUAACAAAAAGUAGGGGGCUCUAAGGUUUUCCAAACACAUCCAGUGUGAGUCCUAAUUUACCAGGGAUGAAAUAACCUUCCACAAAAUGCUUCCACCACAAAAUUUCUGGUGGCCUUGACAAGAAAUUAAACAGUCAUAGCCAUGCAAUGCAUCCAUGAAUAACCUAAACACCACUGAUUACACUGGUUAUCUGACUUUUUGUUGAAGCCACUGAAAUUGUCAUGAAUUUAGUUGGGGCAGGUCAUUUUAUCCUUGAUA